CAUUCUGCAUUUCGCCGUCCGCUAGAGAAAUGGCUCCCGUCCACUCCUCCGUCGAGGCUCGCGAUGUGCCCGUGGUCGCGUACGAGGAUCUAGUGACCAAGAAGGACUUGUCUACUGUCAUUGAGGAGGCUUUCGGCUACGAAGGCAUGGGGAUUCUCGUGGUGAGCGGCGUCCCGGAGCUCAAUUCCAAGCGCAGCGACCUGCUGCCGCUUGCAUUCAAGUUUGCCAAUCUCCCGGCCGACGUUAAGGCCAAAUGCGAGCUCCCUGAGGCCUUUUACAGCUUCGGCUGGAGCCACGGCAAGGAGAACCUUCAGGGUAAGCCGGACUACGCCAAAGGGUCGUACUACAACAACCCAGAGACCAACGAUCUAACUGGUGGAGACAAGCAGCUCAUUGCCAAGUUCCCGUCGUUCUACCAUCCCAAUAUCUGGCCGGAAGAACUGCCAGAACUGGAAAAGGCAUUCAUGAAGCUGGGGCAAUUGAUUGUGGACACAGGAGUGCUGGUAGCGCACCAAUGUGAUACUUUGGUGGAGAAAAACUGUCCAGAGUACGAGAAGGGCAAACUGCAUCGCAUCAUCAGCACGGGCAAGUGCUCCAAGGCCAGGUUGCUGCACUAUUAUUCGCUGUCGGAGGAGCAGAUUGCCGCUCAGAAAGAAGCCACAACGCUCGAGGAUUCCUUCGCUUGGUGUGGCUGGCACAACGACCAUGGAGCUCUAACGGGACUAGUACAGGCCAUGUUUACGGAUAGUAACGGUAUGACGGUGCCAAACCCAGAUCCCGACGCGGGUUUGUACGUGAAGAACCGUCGGGGUGAGAUCCUUAAGGCAAAUAUCCCUCCGGGUCACUUAGUGUACCAGAUCGGCGAGACGUCACAGAUUCUCUCCGGCGGUACAAUGCAAGCCACGCCACACGCUGUACGAGGACCUCAAGUCACGGGUGUGAACCGUGAGACGCUGGCUGUGUUCAUGCAGCCUCUCCCUCAGGAGCGGAUGGCUGUGCCCGACUCCAAGGACCCUAACGAAGCUGGAAAGACCGAGAACUUACCUAAGGGUGUACCCCCACUCCUCUCUCGCUGGAACAACGACAUGAGUUACGACGACUUCACACAGGCCACCUUUAAGGCCUACUACUGAACUGGUUAGUGUCGUUUAACCCAAGUAAUGCAGUUGUUCUCUCUCUAUGUUUUGAUCGCUACAGAGAAUACUCC